AUGCGCACUGCCCAUCUCCUCCUCGCUCUCGCGGGCGUAUCAUUAGCCCUCUCAGAGCAGCCCAGCCUAUGUUCGCCCCUCACAGAGGCAGAGCGCAUCCUCGAAUCACUCCAACCGUCUCCAGACGCUCACCUACACAGCAAGGCAGCUGGAAUAGUUCCCUUCAGUAACGAGGGCUGGGCAGAUGGCCUAGGAUGGAGGCAGAAUGGUCCAUUAUCCACUGCGUUUAGGUUAUUACCUCGGGUAGUAUCUGCUUUCUCGCCGAGUAGGCUUCUGUCAUCAACAGCGGAGACAAUGGCGAGAAGCUCGGAGAAGAAGGUCUCGCGGGGAAGAAGGGAAAGGAUAGAAAAAAUUACAGAUCUCAUUGACGAAGCCGAGAAGAAUGGCUGUUCAGAAGCUCUGAUGCUCAAAGCAGAGAUGGGAAUGUUUCCUCCUAGAGGCUUGAAGCAAGAUUUGCAGAUGGCGUACGAAUCCCUGCAAAAGUAUCUCGAGCAGUCAUCGGACCCAGAAGCCCAAUUUCUGGUCGGUGUCUUCCAUGCAACAGGCUUGGGGGGCGUCUCAAUAGAUCAAGGAAAGGCGCUUCUGUACUAUACGUUCGCGGCUUCUCAGGGUCACAGGCCGGCGGCCAUGGCAUUAGGAUACCGACACUGGGCUGGUAUUGGUGUCAAGGAGGACUGUGAGGUUGCCUUGGAACACUACAGUAACGCUGCUGAAAUAUCUUACAGGAGGUUCCAAGAGGGCCCUCCCGGGGGACUAGCUCUACCGCUCGUCUCCUCCAGGCUAUCUGAUAGGGUCGGCGGCAUAUACGGUACCUACGCAUCAUGGGCAUCCACAGGUGCCAACUCUCAAAAGCCAGCCAUUCGGGCAUCAACCGCUUCAUCUCGCGGCGAGACGACUCAAGAAAUACUCGAGUAUUACCAAUACCAUUCUGACAGGGAUUCUCAUCCAUACACAGUCAGGCUCGGCCGUUUCUUCUACCACGGGUCUGUCCAUUACCUGCCCAACGGUGUGUCCGUGGGUGCGGAGUCGAUAGGUGAAAUACCGCAAUCAUUCACCAAAGCCCGAUCCUACUUUCUUCGCGUUGCUCGUACACUCUGGCCUCUCGACUUUGAACCAGGGACAGACCAUCCGGCGGGCAGACGGAAGUUGACCAAAGAGCAAGAGGACAAGAUCCGUGAGCCUGCUAUGGUUUCUGCCUUCUUCCUUGGCCGCAUGUCGCUCCGAGGCGAGGGUCAGAAACAAGACUACAAGCGUGCCAAGAUGUGGUAUGAGCGCGCUUCCGAGUUGGGCGACCGAGAGGCCAUGAACGGCCUCGGUAUCAUUUACCGUGACGGUCUGGGUGUUCCGGUGGACGUCAGCAAAGCUCAGGAAUACUUUCAGGCUGCUGCUUCAGCCGCCUUGUCUGAAGCGCAGGUCAACCUGGCCAAGCUAGUCCUCGCACAUGGUGAUCUCAAGAAUUCCUACCCCUUGCUCGAGGCGGCGCUGAGAAGCGGCAACCCAUUGGAGGCGUUCCACUUGUCUGCGCGGGUACACACAAACGCGCGGUCCCUGAGUCAACCUGGGGUGUGCGGUGUGGCAGUCGCUUAUGAGAAGAUUGUCUCCGAGCGAGGGGCGUGGUAUGAAGACUACCUCCAAGAAGCCGACCAUGCUUGGGCCAGGGGCGAGACGUCCAAGGCUAUGGUCGGGUAUUACAUUGCAGCGGAAAUGGGGUAUGAGGCUGCUCAAAAUAAUGUUGCUUUCUUGCGAGAAGGCGGGUGGAGAUUUGAGGCUGAGGAAGAGGAGCAGUGGUCAAUUGGAAGUAGUAGGGGAGAGGAUAAGGAGAAAGAUAGACUUGUAUGGUGGAUCAGGAGUGCGGGACAAGACAAUGUGGAUGCCAUGGUGAAGAUCGGGGAUCACUAUUAUACCGAAGGUCAAUACCCUCGGGCCCUCUCUCACUACCUUUCUGCCUCUGAGACCCAGCAGUCACCCAUGGCGUACUGGAACCUCGGGUGGAUGCAUCAGGCAGGCUUGGGAGUGACGCGAGACUGGCACCUGGCCAAGAGGUACUAUGACUUGUCGCGCGACACUGGGGAGGAGGCCAUGUAUGCCGCUGGGCUGAGUCUGGCGGGUUUAUACAUCCAAAGCUGGUGGACUCAUUUCAAAACCCGAGGCGCUACUCCAGGUCUUGCCCUUUUCGACUAUGAUGCUGUCCCUGCGUCUGAGAGUCUUUCGACCUGGGCCCGAAUCAAGACUCUCUUCACGUCGCCUUUCGAAUGGGCCGACCUGGAAUAUGCCGAGGACUGGGAAGACAACCUCGAACCAGAUGGUAUAGUACUCGGCGAAGGUGAUCUUCAGGAUGACAGGGGCACUGGCGGAGACGAUUGGGAGGCGGAGAUGUUUGCAGACUUGGCAGAGGACAUGGUAUUGGUGGGACUGUUGGCAGCUAUCGCCGGACUAGUAUGGGUACGGGGGAGAUGGGCGGCCGCCAAUCAGCGGGCGAGAGCUAGGGCUUUGGAGGCUGCUGUCCAAGGGCAAGGACAGGCUUUGCCGGUGCCUACUGGUGGUGAGCUGGCGCAAGCUCAAGCGCAGCCGCCUCAACGUCUGGAAGGUGAUGAAGAGGCAGGGGAUCAGCAGCGGCGUCAGUAA